AGGGAGAUGCGCUUCACACCGAAAGUACAGCAGCAGCCGAACGCAAGCCUUUCCCGAACCGUCGAAUAUGAUGCCAGUGUCUGGCAACCUGCACGCCUUGCAGCACAAGUGUUGAAAUAAGUGCGAUAGGCGAGUGCGUCCGUUUUUUUUGAAACAUUAACUGAGCAUCAGACAUGCAGGUCGUGGUGGGUUGAUUCUUAAAAAACGCAGUCGCAAAAUUUCACCAGUGUAGGAAAUUAAAAAAAACGCUGCCGCAGUGUCAGAUAAAGCGGCGUGUCACGCUCUGCUUACACUGUAUGACUUUGCUCGAUUUCAAGAAGAUGACAACGAUGGAUGCUAACAACAACAGCACGGGAAGUGUCAUUUCAUACAUUGGGCCAGCAGGGGGUUCCCCGAAUCGCACAAGCCCAGUGUCACUUUACAGCGAGAGCUCCAACAGCAGCUUCCACUCGUUGUCCUUGUCUCUGUCGCAGCCGUCCUUUGGCUCAUCCUUCCCUCCUUCGCCCAGUGGUUCCCUUUCCCAAGAUUCCACACGGCAGUAUGGGAGUGGCUCUUUGUCAGGGUCAGGAGAGGACGCAGGCUCUACCAGCUCAGGAGGCUCGCCACACAGGCCUUCUUGCAGAGAGGAGUCAAACAGCCGUUCUUCUCCUAGCAAAGCAAGCAGCAACAUCACCAAGCUUCAUGGCAUGGUGCUGUUGUGUAAAGUGUGUGGCGAUGUGGCAUCAGGCUUCCAUUAUGGAGUUCAUGCCUGUGAAGGCUGCAAGGGCUUCUUCCGGCGCAGUAUUCAGCAGAAUAUCCAGUACAAGAAAUGCCUAAAGAAUGAGAACUGCUCCAUCAUGAGGAUCAACCGCAACAGGUGCCAGCAGUGCCGCUUUAAGAAGUGCCUGUCUGUGGGCAUGUCACGAGAUGCUGUCCGCUUUGGACGCAUUCCCAAGAGAGAGAAGCAGAGAAUGCUUGCAGAAAUGCAGAGUGCUAUGAAUAACAUGGUGAAUAAUCAGCUGCAGCCGGAUGUCCAGCUCCACCCACACAGUACACCACCAAUGUCAACCUCGCCGGCUCUGCCUCCUCAACCCCAGCAAAGUCCCCAACAGAUUGGCUGCAGUCAACCACUUUCUCCUCUGCCCCAGAUCCAUCCCGCUUCCCCACCGCAGUGCCCCAGCCCGGAGACGGACAAGACGAUCACACUCAUUGCCAAAGCUCACAAGGAAACCUUUGUCUAUGCCCAUGACAAGUUGAGCUGUUCUUCCCUGAGGUUUAACCAUCAGAAUGUUGAAAUGGAUAAUCACUGUUCCAAUGGCUACCAUCUGAAUGGAGUGAACAGCACCUACUACCAUGACAAUAAUGUAGGCCACCGGAAUGGUUUCACAGACAAUAUUAGUGCAAACCCCAUCAAAAAUAACUGUCACAUGCCCCCCACAUCUGGCAUAAUUUACCCCAAUGGACACACUAAUGGCUUCUUUCACCAGAACAACUGCAAUGGACACAGACUUUGCCCCAGCAAUAUGUGCAGCCAGCAGAAUAUGCAGAACCAAGAUAUGGACAGCAGGCACCCACCAAGCCACAGUCCAGUACAGAAAUGUCCAUGGAAGGGGAACCGCAAUGUCUUGCUGGCCUGCCCCAUGAAUCUACAACCUCAUGGAGAUGCCAAAAAAUCUCCACAGGAGAUCUGGGAAGACUUCUCUCUGAGCUUCACGCCGGCUGUCCGAGAAGUCGUGGAGUUUGCCAAACACAUCCCUGGCUUCCGUGAUCUGUCUCAGCAUGACCAAGUUACACUGCUGAAAGCGGGAACCUUUGAGGUGCUCAUGGUCAGAUUUGCAUCACUUUUCAACGUAAAGGAGCAGACAGUUACCUUCAUCUCGGGGGUGACUUACAGCCUGGAGACGCUGCGAGGGAUGGGAAUGGGAGAACUGCUCAACUCUAUGUUCGAGUUCAGUGAAAAGCUCAGCAUGUUGGCUCUCAACGCAGACGAGCUGGGGCUCUUCACCGCCGUUGUGCUCGUUUCAGCAGACCGCUCUGGGAUAGAAAAUAUCACUUCCGUGGAACACUUGCAGGAGUCUCUGAUCCGGGCCCUGAGAACCUUGGUGACGAAAAACUACCCCGAUGACACGUCACGUUUCACCAAACUGUUGUUAAAACUACCCGAUCUGCGCACCUUAAACAACAUGCACUCGGAGAAACUGCUGUCUUUCCGGAUCGAUGGCUGAACUGAAACAAAGCCAUUCAACUCAGAUUGCUUUUUAAAAAAGACAAAGAAAAAAUGCUGCUUCCCUAAACCUAACAUGAAAAUUCAGAUACUUUUUUUUUUAUGUUCUGGUUUCUAUUUAUAAUUUUAAUGAAUGAAUGUUAAAAAAAAGACAUACAAAAACUGAGCUUAUACUGUAAAUAUUUCUAUAUAAAUAUACAUAUACACACAGGAGAGAAAUGUUUGAGCUUGACAUAAUAUUUUAUAAGGAAGAUGAUGCUUUAUAUUUAAAAUGUUACUUGUAGACAUUAUUUAAUUGUAGGGUGCCUAUUGGCCUAAAAUGACCAGCAGUCCUCUGGCUUGAAGGGCUGCUGCAUUAUAGCAAAAAAAACAAGAGAUGCUCAAAUGUGGGAGGACAUGAAAGUGCCGUUCAGAGGUGUAUGUAACUGGCGCAUGACACCAACCCAGCAGUAUCUGAUGCCCACAUGAAUCCACAUUCUUACCAACUGGAAUGCCCAGUCACUCAGGGCUUACACAGAAAGUGCUGCACACAAAUACAAAGAGAAGGUAUUUUAAGUAUCAGAUAACAAGAUUAUGUUUAAAGGGAGAAAAUAAACUAAUUUCCUCAGGUUUACUCAUUGCCACAAGCCAGUGGUAUAAAUUUAGUUUUGUUUCUUUAGAUUGCAGUUUUCAUUCACACAUGGUAGUGCCACAGUGCUGCCUUGUGGACCAAUGUCCUCCGUUUGAAUCUCGUGCCUGGUUGUUGGCUUUUUGGAAUGGACAUAUUCCUGGUUUUUUUUUUUUCCCCCCGAAGAUGUGUGACUUGGUGUAAUCGACAAUUCCAAAUUGACCCUGUGUGCUGGCACCCUGUCCAGUAAGGCCAUCUGCAUUGCAGGUCAGGGGUUUGCCAUGACAGGCUCUGGCACCCCGUACCCCUGAAUUGGAUUAAGUGGGUUUAAGAAUUUUAUGUUAAUUUAUUCACACAGCUUCAAGUUUAUAAAAACACUCAAGAAAUGCUUGUGUUGAAGCAGACCAGCGUUCUUCUAAGCGAUUUAUCUAACUUGUCAAAAUUAAAAAUUCAGUGUUUUUGACAACAGGCUCCAAUCUUUACAGAGCGUGUUACCUCAAAGUUGGCAGUGUGGAUUUUAAAUGUACAUGGUCAUGGAGUGAGUCUGGUAAACCUGCAUCUGGAAGAAAACCUGUGAGGAAUCCUGAUCUUGCAAAGCCAUCUUGGGUAAAUUAAUCUACCAAAGUGUAUAAAAUUUAACAUGUUUCAUUAACACUUCCAUGGGCAGAUAAAUCAGUCAGUUAUGGACUCAAUCGUUUACUUCAGUGGUCCUCACGUUCAGUCCUGGAAGCCCCUCAACACUGCAGGUUUUCAUUCCAACUCUUCUCUUGUUCUAAUUGGACUCGUCUAUUAAUAUAGCAAGACAUUAGCCGAGUUUGGGGUUUCUGUCUCAAUUCAGAAGUUACAAAACUCGUGGUUUCUUUUACGCAAUGAAGCAGGAAUUUAGAUGUAAAAACAUCCGUUUUCAGAAUUUUGGCCCUUUCUGGCUAUGUAUGAUCUUGUUUACUGAUAAAUACACAAACUGGUCACGUUUAGCAGUGAGCGUCAUUAUUUGUCAGUUUUAAGAGAGAAUUAAGGCAGCAAAGUCCACGGGGAAAAGAGAAUCCACCUUAAUAAAGGAUAUAUGUCUAUCCCAUUGCUAUGGCUCUGCAAUUCCAAAAGAUGGUGCAUCCGAAACAUUUUUUAGUAAUAAAAUACAUUUCUCAUUCCAACAUAUGGCACCUCACAGACAUUAACACUGCUUGUAUGAAUCCCAUAGCAAAUGGCAUAUAGCUGAGACAUACACAUUGCAUGGUGCCCUGUAAACGUUAAAACGCUAAGCUCUAAGGUUGAUUGCUUUGAUUUCAACACAUCUUAGAUGGGUACCACAGCUAGUUAAAAUAAAGAAUAACAGAGUUAACCAUGACAACAAAAAAAUACAAAUAUUACUUAACUUUGCAUAGAUGCAAAUCUAACACUAUAUUAAAAUAGGAAGUAAAAAGGACAGCUAAUGAAACAAUGAGAUCAAUUAAACGUGAAACUGAUUGGAACAAUAAAACCUGCAGCUACCUUCUGGGGGUCCCAGGACUAACUGAGAACCACUGGAAACUUUACUUUAUCAAAAAGUAAAAGGAAGUGUAAAGCUGCCUUGUGGAAGAGUCCCCCCUGGCACAUGAACUCACCAUCAGCUUUAAUGGGGAGUAAAAAUUAAUGUAAUCCCUUAGCAGUCUGUUUGCUGACGCCUGGGCUGUUUCAUGGAGCUGUAACUGAAAUUAAGUUUCCAGCAUCUUCCAUUUUAAAAGACAUUAAAAAAAAUAAAUAAAAACCAGUUGGAAACAAAUUUGAUCAAGGCUUUAGGUAGAUUUUGAAACAAGCUGGCACUUAAUGCCUCAAUCCACUGCUGUAUUGCUAAAGGGAUCAGAAUUAUCUCACUCAUUAUGAUAAAGUAAUUACCUGGUGACCAGUUUGAGAAUUUCUUGUAUAAUGGAAAAAACAACCCACCAUUGUCUUUUUGAAUAGAUAAGCUUUUACUACUUGCCCGUGCAUGAGUCUAAAUAGAGAAACUGUAAAUAAACACUUACAGAUGCAUCCUGUCUGAAGCUGUGCAUUUUCUGAAAAUGAAUGCUUUAAGUCCUCGGUGAUGAUAUCAAGACACUGAAAAUGAGCAGAGAAGUUUCAUUUAGAGCAGGCAAAGUCACCCAUCUUCAGAGUAUCGAUCUGUAGAAGAAGACUGGAGAAGUUCAAGAGGCCCAUAUAUGUGUGCGUGUGCGUGAAGAUACAUAAAACUAAUCCACUUGUGUAAACCAAUUCCACCUCCUCAACAGCAAGCUGCAUGCAUUCAAUAACCUUGCGCUUGUAUGGAAACUGGUUCUUUUUCUAAUGUUUCUUUUAUGGUUUCUUUGCAAAAAGGUAAAAUGUUUAAAUCUAUUGGUUUACAUACAGGUUAGCCAAUAG